UGUGGGUUCGGGGAUAGAAUUGGUCCACUCCCGUUCUGGAGAUCGUAAAAGGCGAUCAAUGGGCACUAAAGGCGAUGAAUCCAACCGCCUUUAGUAUUUACCUACCAUUUUUCUUUCCAACUUCACACCCUUCUUCCCUACUCUCCUUUCCCAGGCGCAGGCGGAUAUUUGAUUCUAUUUUGAAGAGUUGACGUGUACCAGUCGUCCCAUAUUAUUUAUGAAAAAGGUUGUACAACAAAAGAAACGUUAAGUAGAAGAAUGCGAUGAAGAGACCCUGCUUCUGAACCGCUUGUGGAUGGGACUAGUUCAAAGGAAACCUCCAAAAGGCGUAUGAAGUGGAAUGAAGAUGAACCGCUUCAUUUUCCGUAACAUGGAGAUUACGAAGUUGGGAACAGACAAGACCAUGUACAGAGAGUGCAACAUGCGGCAAAUCUAAUACAAAACUUACUUUGGAAAUCCGCCAAUCCAAUCUUGGACAUUUUUAUAAGUGGAGGAGGAUGUAUGGAUUAAUAUUAGAAAAUCUAUCCGGGUACAUCAAGCACACAUACGGCGACGAAAAAUGGGAAGAAGUGAGAAAAGCGGUAUCUUGCGAUCAACCCAGUUUUAGUACGCACGAAGUGUAUCCGGAGGACUUGGUAGCUAAAUUAGCGGGAAAAGCAUUUGAGAUAUUAAACGUAACCGAACAGGAAUUUUUUGACGGAAUGGGGGUUUUCUUUGUCAGCUUCGUAGCUCAGUAUGGAUACGAUCGCGUUUUGUCGGUGCUUGGACGACAUAUGAGGGAUUUUUUGAAUGGACUAGAUAAUUUACAUGAAUAUUUAAAAUUUUCCUACCCGAAAAUGCAGGCGCCCAGUUUUAUAUGCGAAAACGAAAGUAGGAAAGGUCUAACUUUACAUUAUAGAAGUAAACGGAGAGGAUUCGUUUACUACACAAUGGGUCAAAUUAGAGAAGUAGCGAAGCACUUUUAUCACAAGGAGAUGAAAAUCAUAUUAGUAAAGGAGGAAAUUCUUUUUGAUAUGGUGCACGUUACGUUUAAUUGUGUGUUUGAUAACCGAGCUUUUUGUUUAGCAUCGUUAGUGAUGACACGAGAGGAGAAGCACCUUCCGGUUAGCGCAGUGGCUCUCUUUGAAAUUUUUCCAUUUUGUAUGGUAUUUAGGUAAGUAAAUGUUUGUUUAUGAAUAUUUAUGUAAGAGCUGCGAGUUUUAUGAUAGCAGUUCA